AUGAGGUCAUCACUCGGAUCCCUGGGCCGUGCGCUUCGCGGGGCGUUCUCUCGCGCGGCUUCGUCGUCGACCGCGUCCUCGUCGUCGUCGACGUCCGUGGCGUCGGCGGCUCCCCCGGCGUCGAGUUAUCGCUUCCAUCCCGAGCACUUCCCGGAAGUUCCACCCGUCCCCCUCGCGCUGGGCCUGGCGGGCGCGAUACCCUUCGUCGCCCUCGCCGCCCCGGUGUCGGCGUCGAUCGGGCUGGAGGGCGUCUUCCCCGAGGCGUACAGGGCCGCCGCUCAGGCUGGGUACGGCGCGGCGAUCCUCUCAUUCCUCGGCGGCACGCAGUGGGGCUUUGCCGCGUCGGGUUACGGCGCCGCCCACGUCGCCGCGGGUUCGGGCAAGGUCGCCGCCGACGCGGCGUUUGCAAUCGCAAAUCUCGCAAAUCUCGCGGGCCCGGGCCGGUACGUUUACGGCGUCGCGCCCUCCCUCUACGCGUGGGCCGCCCUGGCGCUCCCUGUUCCCGCGCAGCUCGUCGCUCUGGCGGGUGGUUUGGGCGCGGUGCUCGCCGGCGACGCGCACCUCGCGUCCAAGGGUCUGAUGCCGAGGUGGCUCAUGCCCCUGCGGUUCGUCCUCACCGGGACGGCGGUUAUCUCUCUGUUGUCCUCCGUGCCCGCCGCGUACGAGCGUCAGAAGGCUGAGGAUUGGGAGAAGACGAUGGUGUCGAAGCUGAAGAGCCGCGCGCCCAAGACGGACGAGGCCCUGCGGAGGUCCACCAAGGACCUCGCGCAGACGACGGGGUCGCUGAGGGACGCGAGGAACGCGGCGGAGGCGGCGGCGAAGAGAGUCGCCGAGCUCGAAGCCGCGGCGGGCGCGAGGGAGGCUGAGCUGGCGAUGACCAGGGGCGCCAAGGAGGCGGAGGCGGAGGUGGCGAGGGCGAGGGUGGAGGCCGUGACCGCUGAGGCCGCCGCGGCGAGGGCGGAGCUCCAGACGGCGACGAUGAAGCUGGUAAACGCGGAGGCGGAGGCUGUGAGCCUGCGCAAGAGGCUCCUGGAGGCGGAGGCGACGCUGCGGGGGAAGGGCAUCAUGGAGGAGGUCGAGCGGAGGAUCGGCAAGGACGAGUAG